AUCAGCAAAAUUAUUAGUGUAAGAAAAGAUCCUGUAUUUGGGUUGUGUGUGGUCUCUGCUACUUGCUCAAGUGGGUAUGGUCAUAUGGGAGAAUCGCUGAGGAUGAACAAGGCAGGGAUUAAAAUUUAAAACCAAGAACAUACCCACCACAGGGAAUAUGUGGGGAACUUCAAUGGGAUAGAAAUCAGGUCAGCAUUAUCACAUCUCUAGGAUUUCAGGAUUUCAGAAUUUCAGACAUGAUAAAUGGGCUUUCUUGUUUCCCGAAAAAAUUCUCCUCUUUCCUUUGCUGUUUGUUCGAGGAGAAUGGUGUUCAGACUUCAGUAUAAGGAGUUCAAGAACUAGUGUUCCUUGCUCCGUUUUCUGUGUUCACUGUUUUAGUGGCUUUGGCAUCUGGAUAUUCAUCCCUUUCCUCUUUCUCUUCUGCUGCGAUGGUGAAAAAGGCUUACUUUUGAAGCAUUGGAGGUUUGGCAUCUGGGUAUGACCUCUAAAGAGUCUUGCCUGUUAAUGGAGUUUGUUUGAAGAAAAGCCCAAAAGCAACUCUUCUUUUCCUUUCUUAUACUGAAAACAGAGCAUGGAAAGAACACAUUUGUUUUUCUGGCGAAUGAGUUUACUGGUUUUACUAUGGAUGGAGGGCUCAUUGGCUACUCUCUCUCCUUCUGGUUCAAACGGUGAAGUUGAAGCUUUGACGGCUAUUAAAAAAGCUCUAAUCGAUCCUCAAAACGUAUUGGCGGGCUGGGACUUCAAUUCGGUAGAUCCUUGUAGUUGGACGACCAUUACCUGCUCUGAUGGUUACGUCUCUUCUCUAGACCUUCCUAGUCAAAGCUUAUCUGGGACAUUAGCUUCUGGAAUCGGAAAUCUCACUAACCUGGAAUCAGUGUCAUUGCAGAACAAUGCCAUUUCUGGUCCUAUUCCUGCUGAGAUAGGAAAGCUGGAGAAGCUAAAAACACUAGAUCUAUCAAACAAUAAGUUCACUGGUGGAAUACCAAGUACACUCGGAGACCUUAAGAACCUUAAUUAUCUACGAUUGAAUAACAACAGCCUUUCUGGACCGUUCCCAGAGUCUCUAUCCAAUGUUACAGUUCUCACUCUCAUGGAUCUUUCUUAUAACAAUCUAAGUGGUUCCCUGCCGAAGGUGUCUGCAAGAACAUUCAAAAUCAUUGGAAACCCUUUAAUUUGUGGGUUAAAUUCUAAGAACUGUUCUGCUGUAUCUCCGGAGCCACUCUAUUUCCCACCAGAUCCUUUAAGAGAUCAAUCAGAAGCUGGGGGAACAAAAGGCCACCGGCUAGCUAUUGCAUUGGGUUCAAGCUUCGGUUCUGUAUCUUUGAUCGUCAGUGUAGUUGGGUUGUUUCUUUGGUGGCGGCACAGGCACAAUCAACAGAUCUUUUUCGAUGUCAAUGAUCAAUAUAAUCCUAAGGUAUGCUUAGGUCAUUUGAAGAGGUAUUCAUUUAAGGAGCUCCGAGCAGCGACUGACCAUUUCAACCCAAAGAACAUUUUAGGAAGGGGUGGGUUUGGAAUAGUUUACAGAGGAUGCUUGCAAGAUGGGACUCUAGUUGCUGUUAAAAGGUUGAAAGACUAUAAUGCUGUUGGCUGUGAAGUCCAAUUUCAGACAGAGGUUGAGUUGAUAAGUUUAGCUGUCCAUCGAAAUCUUCUCCGACUUUUUGGUUUUUGCACGACAGAGAACGAAAGGCUUCUGGUCUAUCCUUACAUGUCAAAUGGAAGUGUUGCAGCUCGAUUAAGAGAUCAUGUUCAUGGUAAGCCAGUGUUGGACUGGGCGAGACGAAAGAGGAUAGCAUUAGGGACAGCGCGGGGACUACUGUAUUUGCAUGAACAGUGUGACCCCAAAAUCAUUCACCGUGAUGUGAAAGCUGCGAACAUUCUGCUCGAUGAAGACUUUGAAGCCGUUGUUGGAGACUUUGGGUUGGCAAAGCUGUUGGAUCAUGAGGAUUCUCAUGUAACAACAGCUGUGCGUGGGACUGUUGGCCACAUAGCUCCAGAGUACUUGUCAACAGGCCAGUCAUCGGAAAAGACAGAUGUUUUUGGCUUCGGUGUCUUGCUCCUUGAACUCAUUACAGGUCAGAGGGCUUUAGAUUUUGGACGGCAAGCAAAUCAGAAAGGUGUAAUGCUUGAUUGGGUGAAGAAACUUCAUCAGGAGGGAAAACUCAAUCUAAUGGUGGAUAAAGAUUUGAAAAACAAUUUUGACAGAGUUGAAUUAGAAGAGAUGGCUCAGGUUGCUCUCCUGUGUACACAGUUCCAUCCUUGCCAACGCCCAAAAAUGUCUGAAGUGGCGAGGAUGUUAGAAGGUGAUGGCCUGGCUGAGAAAUGGGAGGCUUCACAGAAGGCUGAGACACCAAGAUUCCGAUCAUCUGAGAACGUCCCUCAGAGAUAUUCGGAGUUUAUAGAAGAAUUUUCACAUGUGGUUGAAGCAAUGGAGCUCUCUGGUCCUAGUCUUACCAGUUACACAAGCUGAGAAGGUUGAAGUAGUUGCAGAGAACAAGGAUGAUUGUGCUAUACUUAGCUAGGAAUCAUAGGAUCUAAGAUGUAUGGAUCAUGGAUUGAUGAACAAGACUUUGAAGAUUCCAAAGUGGGAGGCAUUGCAAUGCUACUAUUGCUGGAAACAUCACUUCUGCAAAGAAAUCCUGGCAGAAUAAAAUAUCCAAUGCCUGUAAAGGUAAACCAGACUGCUGGUUGUUUUGCUUGUGCUGGAGCUUUCAUCUUUUCAUAAUUUGUUUUGGCCAGCGCCUGCUAGCAA